AUGCGUUCGCAAGCACUAGAGCUGCUCUCGCAAGCAAAAGAACACAACAAGAUUCCAAGCGAGCGGACUGCUACGUUUGAAGGACGUGAUUCUUCCGAGAGCCGGGAGCGGACCAACAUCGAGCUGGAGAAGACAAGACAGUACGAGAAGAUACUGACGCUUGCUGGCGACUGGGUUGCUACGUUCGUAGGAAAGGAGGAUCCCAGGGAUCGCGAGCGGAUCGAAGAGGAGCUGGAUGCCGCGGCGCAUGAAUACUUCGAGGGAGGCGAGGAUUGUAUAUGCGAGAACCGUCGAAGGGAGAGACGGGUGAAGAGAUGUGCGUAA